GCCAUUGACUACUUUCUAGUUACGGUUACUUCGAUAUUUUUCAGGUCAAAAAUCAGGUCUUUAAUAAUAGACAUGAAAGUACCGGUAUUUUCUAAAAUGAAAAAGGAAGAUAUAAUGAGUAUAUCACAAGUUAUACGACAACUUAAUAGAGAUCAAGCACGAGCAGUCCUUAGAUCUCUCAUGGCUAAUGAUUUUUCAAUCAUUGAAGGUUUUCCUGGAUCUGGGAAAACACAAACAGUAGUUGCUUUGGUCUGUUGUCUUAUUGUUCUGGGUCGAACAGUACUUCUUACUUCUUACACACAUUCUGCUGUUGAUAAUAUUCUUCUAAAACUUGUUGAGAUUGUUGACGAGCAUAAAAUUUUGCGAUUAGGCUAUUCAAGCGCAAUUACAAAAAACUUGCAACACUUAACUUUAGAAGCUAAGUUGUCAAAAUAUUCAGGAGAAGAAAGGAUUGUUUUUAAUUAUUACAAAUUUCAGCCCAUUGUUGCGUGUACAUGUUUGGCAGUAUCCACUAAUCUGCUAUUUUCGUAUCGCCGGUUUUCAAUGACAAUUGUUGAUGAAGCAUCAAUGGUGCUCGAACCCACUGUUAUUUCUGCCAUUUCUGUUUCUGAUUCUUUUGUACUUUUAGGAGAUCACAGACAGCUGACACCACUUGUCUGCUCAGAGGAGGCCAGGCAGGAAGGCAUGGCAAAAUCAUUAUUAGAACGUUUAUCUGUCCAUCUUUCGGCAGUAGUUACAUUGCAUUCCCAGUAUCGAAUGAAUGAGCCUAUAACUCAGCUUAGCAGUCGUCUUUUCUACGAAAACAAACUUCAGUGUUUCUCUUUUGAUUCCGUCAAUCAUGCAUCUAUUUACUCCGAGGUCUAUAAACUUUGUCUUUCAAAUUCGCUUAAUGAUGCAAUAGUCUUCCUGGAUACUAACUCUAUUAAAAACGCAGUAUUUCGUGCAACCUUUGGCAAGCAUGGUGAUGUUUUCAAUGAUGGAGAAGCAGAAUUCAUUGAAGGCAUUUGUAAACUGUUUAUUAGUCUUGGUUUGAAGGAGUGUGAUCUAGGUGUUAUCAGUUUUUAUCGGUAUCACGCUGAACGAUUGAGUCAAAAAGUUGGAGCAAAUAUUGAAGUAAAUACUGUUGACCAGUAUCAGGGAAAGGAUAAAUCAGUCAUUGUGUUAAGUUUUGUAUGGACAAAAGAAAAGAAAAAUCAAAGGAGUGAUCUGCUUGCUGACUUUCGACGAGUUAAUGUUGCUAUCACGAGAGCCAAACACAAGCUGAUUAUGAUUGGUUGCCGGAAAUCGUUGUCAAGGUUACGCACAAAUUAUUUUAUAUCUUUAUUUUUUGAAGAAUCAAAAAUAGAUGAUUUAGUAAUUCAAAUUUUCUGA